AUGUCAUACUUGGGAGUCACUUUUAAUGAUGAUUUGAAGUGGUCCAAUCAUGUCUCUACUAUCUCUAGUAAAGCAAGCAGAGUCUUAGGAAUGAUGAAAAGAAAUUUUUGGAACUGCCCUAAAAAAGUGAAAGAAAUUGCAUACACGGCAAUUGUAUGCCCAAAACUUGAAUACGUAUGUGCUGCUUGGGAUCCCUAUCUUCAAAAGGACAUCGCUUCUCUUGAGAGAGUUCAGAGAAAAGCAGCACGGUUUUGUAGCAACAAUUAUCAUCCCACAGCCAGUGUCACAGAUAUGCUACACGAGUUAGGAUGGACCACCUUGGAGCUAAGAAGAACAAUGACUCGGCUAGCCUUGUUAUAUAAGAUGAGCCGAGGGCAAAUCGAUGUCGACACCGAGACUCAUCUGAAUCCAAACACCGAACUUAGAACUUGCGCAAGCCAUCAAUAUAGAUAUAUACAAGACAAAGCCACAAAGAACACGUACUUUUAUUCUUUUUUCCCUAGAACUAUAAGGCAUUGGAAUAGUCUACCAGCAGAGAUUGCUGAGUUAAAUUCCUUUGAACUUUUCAAGUCUGAACUAUUAGAAUACCUAGUUGACAAUCAGGACUAA